GGCGUCUGCGCAGCGCAGGGCGGGCCGCGCGCGGGAAGCUGCGGGUCCCCAGGCUCAGGGAUCCCGACGACCCUGGUGGAUCCGGGAAGAAGGGUGGGAGAAGGGCGGCUCUUCCGGCCCUUCCUGAAGCGAGCGGCGGAGGACCUGCAGCCUGGGCGGGCCCGCCCCGGCCCCCGCCCCCGCCCUGCGACCUCCGUGGAGCCGGGGGCCGUGCGGGGGGAGCCGCCGCCCACGCUGACCGGGAGACGCCGGCGCCGACCCCCGCCCCCCGCCGCGCAGCCCCGGCUCCCUCAGGCACAGGCACACCUGGGCCUCCUUUGGCAGGGCUGGAGAUGGCGUCAGUGGACUUUAAGACCUACGUGGAUCAGGCCUGCAGAGCUGCUGAGGAGUUUGUGAACGUGUACUACACUACCAUGGAUAAGCGGCGGCGCCUGCUGUCCCGCCUGUACAUGGGCACAGCCACCCUUGUGUGGAACGGAAACGCUGUUUCAGGACAAGAGUCCUUGAGUGAGUUUUUUGAAAUGCUGCCUUCCAGUGAGUUCCAGAUCAACGUGGUAGACUGCCAACCUGUCCAUGAUGAAGCCACCCCAAGCCAGACCACAGUCCUUGUUGUGAUCUGUGGAACAGUAAAGUUUGAAGGCAACAAACAACGGGACUUUAACCAAAACUUCAUCCUGACUGCCCAGGCCUCGCCCAGCAACACGGUGUGGAAAAUAGCAAGUGACUGCUUCCGGUUCCAGGACUGGGCCAGCUAGGGUGGGCAGGAAAGGCCUCUGUUGUCUGCAGCCUAGCUUUGUAGGGAAGCACAGAUCUCAAAAUGUGGGGGACACGUUCUUUUUUGUUGUUACAGGCCCCAGCUUAACUGCAUUUGCUGGAGUCCUGUGAGCCCCUUUCUGAGUGUAUUCUUGUUUGUCCUAGAUGUCUUUUCAAAGUAGUUAACUUUUCUAUUUUUCUACUUGUUCAGUAGAGACCCUGGUUCUGGAAAUUCUGACAAAUAAAACAAUACAAAUGUU